AUGGCAGAACAUUGGCAAAUGUCACGGUUCGUUGAGGACUUCAAGAGCACAGUGCUUCCGUCCCUCAAAAGUGGACUUGAUGGAUUUAAUGGUCUGACAUCCACUCUCUUGGCCACAAAUACAGAUAUAGUCACCAUGAAAAUGGAUUCAUUUAGGACACUUCGCAGCAGUAUUGAGAAGGUAAAGAAGAACUUGUCACAGUCAGAGGAAGCAGCAAGUACUAGGCUGAGACAGGUAGAUAAGCUCACUGAGAAUUUGACUGCCAAAAAAGGAGAUCUUGAGAGGAAGCAAAGUGAUAAGAAUCAGAGGCUAAACAACUUAAAGACCAAGUUGAAGUCAGAUAGAGCCGUGUUAGAGAUGCAUGAGCACUCCUUAAGCAAAGCCAUAAACCACAUGCGCGAAACUCAGUGGAAACUUCAAGAUCUACAAAGCAAAAAGGAGAAGGCAGAGGAAAUGCGAGAUAUUGGGAUUGGACUCGCAUUCAUUCCCAUUGUUGGGUGGAUUCCUGGAGGGAUAAUGAUUGGUGUUGGUCAGGCAGAUUUAGACCAGGCGUCCUGGGCAGCAGAGCAGGCAAAGCAAGAGGUGGAUGCGUUUGAGUCUCAGAUCAGCACCAUCUUCGGGAAGCUCUCCAGUUGCGAGAAGCAGAUCGGCCAGGUGAGGGGGGAGAUGAGUCAGGUGAGUGCUGAUUUGGAGCGACUACGCCAGGACCUGAAGACGGUGAAGAACCAGCGCACGACCGUAGCGAGUUUCCAAAGCAAGAUGAGGAGCGCCGUCAGCCUCCUGGGCCAACUGGCCGGCACGGCAUCAGUGGCGGAGGUCCAGACAAGAGUCCUUGUGCUUCUGGGUCCAGUCAUCAGCGUGCUGGAGAAUGUCAUCGACCUGGCUGGUCAGGUUACUCAGCAGUCUCUUCUCUCUGACAGACACCUGAGGGCUCUUAUUGUCACUCUGCAGCAGAAUCACCACAGGCUUAGGGCCAUUGAGGCCAAUAAAUCUGCAGACCAAGACAAUGAUUUUUAUUAGGGCUGUCAAAUUAACUGAUUAAUCUCAAUUAAUUAAUUUUAGAAAAAAUAACUGAUUAAAAAAAAUAAUGCAGAUUAAUCGAUUGUGACCUUUGACCUCUAAGGCACCAAAUCUAUGCAAAGAAACAGUGUUGAC